AUGGAGGUUGCCAUGUCUGCAGUUGCAGGUGAACUUGUGAGCUGUUUCAUCUCCUUCCUGUUGAACAAGUACCAUUCAAGUCAGCCACACUCGGAGGAGAAGGUGAUGGAGCGGUUGCAACAUCUCCAAACGAGAGUUUGCACCAUUGUUGAGGAGGCGGACACACAAUACAUAACCAAUUCCGGGAUGAUGAUGCAGCUCAAGACACUAUCAGAGGCCAUGUACCGAGGAUACCAUGCGCUGGACAACUUAAGGUACCGUGCCCUCCAAGUCAGUGCAGGCUUCGAAGAGGUUAGCAUCAACGACUCAUCUGGUAGCAGCCUAUAUUUAGCCAAGCGUUCUCGAAGUACAAAUGAUAAGGUCCCACGCCUCGAGUCACAUGGUGCCUUGGAAAGCUUAGAAAUUGCUAUUGCUAAUAUGUCAGAAUUUAUUGUUCUUCUCGGUGGAUGCGAGCGCAUGUCCCGUAGGCCAUAUGAUGUUUAUCUUUACACUGAAAAUUUCAUGUUCGGCCGGCACGCUGAGAAGCAAAAGCUCUUGAGCUUCUUGUUGCAGCACAACAACUCUCCUGGUGAUGAUGCACCGGCUGUUCUUCCGAUCAUAGGUGCUGCAGCAAUUGGGAAGAAAACUCUGGUUGCUCAUGCGUGCGGUGAGAAAGGGUUGGCUCACGCUUCUCCUCUAUUUUGCACUUGA